UUCCCACGCUCCCGCUCCUCCUCCAACUGCCACCCGGCCCGGGCUUCCCGGACCGAACACCCUUGCCUCGGGGCGGAGCGGCACAGGUGCUGCGGCGGAGCCUGGUGGCCUCAUCGUCAAGAUGGCCGCUGCGCGCCGCAGCCCGCCGGAGAGGGCUCUGCUGAUGCGCGCCACGCUCUGCCUGCUCUGCUGGGCCCCGGUGGCAGUGCGCGCCGUCCCCGAGCCUGGGCUCUGGGCAAUGACGGUCAGCGACAAAUCAGGGCCUUUGAUAUUUAGGAAAAUUAUGUAUAACUCAACUGAUAUCAAGUUUUCUGUUAAGUCAUUCCAUUGUUCCGGGCCUGUGAAGUUUACCAUAGAGUGGCAUUUGAAGCAUUAUACCUGUCAAAAUGAAUAUUCUCAGCUGAAUGAGCUGUCACAAAAACAUGAAAGUGUUGGUGAAGACUUUUGUGGUAAUUAUUUCAAGAACAUCGAAUGUUGGACAACAAAAAAUGAAAACUUAGAUUGCAACAGUAACCUACAGGUGUUUCCCUCAUUAUACAAUAAAGAACUAGUUACAAAUAUCAGAAAUGUUUCAAACCAAGAAGAAUCAAUGGAUGUUGUUGCAAGAACACAGAGGGAUGGGUUUCAUCUCCUUAUCGUUUCAUUUAAAACAGAAGAAACCAAUGCAAACUGGAAUUUGAAUGUUUCUCUCUCUAUGAUGGGACCAAAAGGAUAUCUCUCUGCCUCAGAUUGGCCUCUCAUGAUUUUUUACAUGGUGAUGUGCAUUGUCUAUAUUUUUUAUGGUGUGCUCUGGCUGAUGUGGUCUGCCUGUUAUUGGAAGGAUAUAUUAAGAAUCCAGUUCUGGAUUGCAGCUGUCAUUUUCCUGGGAAUGCUCGAAAAAGCAGUUUUUUAUGCUGAAUACCAAAACAUCAACAGCACUGGGCUGUCAACCCAAGGUUUGUUGAUAUUUGCGGAGUUGAUAUCUGCAGUUAAGAGGACGCUGGCCCGCCUCCUGGUGAUCAUCAUGAGCCUGGGAUACGGCAUUGUGAAGCCGCGCUUAGGGACAGUCAUGCACCGGGUGAUCGGACUGGGGCUUCUCUACUUUAUCUUCGCGGUGGUCGAAGGCGUGAUGAGAGUCAUUGGGGGUUCUAACCAUUUAGCUGUUCUUUUUGGUGACAUUAUUUUAGCAGUUAUUGACUCCAUUUUUGUAUGGUUCAUUUUUAUAAGUUUAGCACAAACUAUGAAGACUCUGAGGCUAAGGAAGAACAUGGUGAAAUUUUCUUUGUAUAGGCACUUUACAAAUACUCUGAUCUUUGCAGUUCUGGCUUCUGUAGUGUUUAUGGUGUGGACAACUAAAACAUUUAGAUUUGCAAAAUGUCGAUCAGACUGGAUGGAAAGUUGGGUUGAUGGUGCAUUUUGGAGCUUCCUUUUUUCACUUAUCCUUAUUGUAAUAAUGUUUUUGUGGAGACCAUCAGCAAAUAAUCAAAGGUAUGCCUUCAUGCCCUUAAUAGAUGAUUCUGAUGAUGAAGUUGAAGAAUUUACGGUAACAUCGGAAAAUUUAACUGAAGGAAUAAAAUUAAGAACCUCCAAAACUGUUUCCAAUGGAACAGCUAAACCUGCUACUUCUGAUAACUUUGAUGAAGACUUGAAGUGGGUGGAAGAAAAUAUUCCCUCUUCAUUCACAGAUGUAGCUCUUCCAGUGUUAGUAGAUUCAGAUGAGGAAAUCAUGACCAGAUCUGAAAUGGCAGAAAAAAUGUUCUCUUCAGAAAAGAUAAUGUGAUUGGAACCAUAUGCAUGAGACCUAGUUACCAGUGAAGGACUCCCCAGGACUCAAAGAAGUCAUGCGACAAGUUCUGACUGCAUUAUCUUGAAAUCUGUGUAUUAAAAUUAAGAAUUUAAGUGGUGGACGGGUUCUACACCCUUUUUAAGCAGCUCUUGAAUGUCAGUUCCUGUCCUUUAAAUUGCCUGGACUUAGAAAUAAUGUGAGAAAAGUAUUAUGAUCAGUGUAUGCCCAAAUGACCUGAGCGAAUGGGUGGCAGAUAUGUAGAUUGGGUUGUAUGUUUUUCUUGGAAAAUAUGGCACUUUCAGCUUUAAACUGUUUGUUUGUUUGUUUUUAACGUAAACACUCCCACUGUUCUUUCCAUGAUUUUAGAGGUAGACGAAGUGUGGUCAAACACUGCCUCCAUCUCCUGGGUUUAUAUUUAGCUGGGUGCAGUAAGAAUUUCCUUUACUUUUGUACUGAAGCAGUUUGAUAAUAAGUGACAUUUGGUUUACAUUGGAACAUAGGACAUUUACAUGGCUGUCCUGUGAGAGUGCGCACGCUUGCACAAAGACCUGGUUUUCAUUACCACGGUGCACACAAGUCAUGGACACCUUCUCUCUUUGAGCUCAGUGGACACAAGUACAUGGAGAGAGAGGUCUUGAGGGUCACUUCCAAAGAUUUGCUCUGCCACUGUCCCCUCACUCAGGCUGUAUGUGCACGUGCUGCUGCUGAACCUGCCUGGGGCAGGCUGUGGACACCUGGCCGCGCAGCUCGCCAGAGCUCUUCCUCCCGGGUUACCCUGGAGGAAGCUAGGACCUUAUCUUGUGUGUAACCUUGGCAUACUUGAUUUCAUGAUAUCACAUAUGUUUAACUGUACAGUACAUCACUGUUAAUCUUGCAACUAAUUUCUUAACCUUUAACCAUGGUUUAUACAUUAUUUUGUUACAUUGCAAUGUGUGAUUUGAAAUUUUUUGUUUUAAUUAUUUUUAAUGCAGAACAUUCUAAACGUGAAAGGCCAUUGAAAGUAGUGCGAUGGAAAUGUGCUGCCUGCUGCUUUAGUGACCAGAGAUGCAGGGCUGGCGGGCAUUUAGAGCAGGAGUGAAAGUCGGGAUCGUGUGUGUCUUUCUUGGAAGGAGAUCUAACCUUGUAAAUCAGGACUGACUCCAGGGAAUUAUGAUUGAGAAGCAUUGAAGUCCUCCCCACUAUAAGCUCUUAAAUACAACUUUUCUGUUUUUUAAUUUCAUUGUGAAGCCACAAAAGAUUUUUUCAAAAUUUUUUCUUUGGAAUUUGUUUCUCAUUUACCUAUUUCACAAGGGCUAGUAAAAAAGGAUUUAUUUCCAAUAGUCUCUUGAAAGAUACUUUCCAAUUUAUUUUCAGUAGUGACUUAAAGUAGUGACCUUCAUUAGGUGUUGUACUGAACAGGACAUGCUGGUCAAGAUGCUGUCACUUUGGGUGUCCUUCCUAGAAGAGUGUCCGAGUUCCUGGUGUAGGUUCCAGUCCUUUCCCAGUAUCCCACUCUCCGGGGCUCCCACCCUGUGCAUGUCCCACCAUUCAUGUCCUCUCUGGUUUUGGUGUAUUUCGCCCCCCGCCCAAGUUGUUUCAGAUCAGGAGGUGACCACUGCCCUCUCAUUCCUCAAUUUUUAUCUAAUACCACUGCCUGGAUUUCAAGGAAGAUUCACCCCAACUCCUAUAGCUGAAUUUUGAAUGUAGAAUCCUGGGCGUCUGGCCCGUAGGAGCUGCCGGCUAGUGGGGUGAGAUUGGGGGCUGAUGGUCAGUGUGAGGCAGCAAACUGCCUCUGACCUAGUAAUCUCAGUAGUGUUUAUAAAAACGCUGCUUCCUGCGGCCAGAAAAAUUAAUGCUGGAACCUAGGUGGCUUAGCUGUAGACUGAAGUGCAGGCUUCCCUCACCAUCCAAAGCAGGUAGGGUUUCCUCCCGAUGGCCUGUCAGAAAUGCUAUUUUUCAAAGGGCCUGCACUGUGUCCGUCACUGUCCGUGAGUGAUUACUGUGUCCUCUGCUGAUGUCCAGGGACCCGAAUCAAGAAUUCUUGGGCAGGGUCUUCUGAACCUCCUCCUAUGAACAGGAGGGGGCGCCCUAGGACUGCUUGUUCAUAGAAAGGACACAUGGCCAAGUAGCGCCCAGGGCCAUUGUGAAGCUGUCAUCCUGCUUCUGCGUGAAGGUUCCAGAAAUUGCUCAUCAAGGUCAGAUUAGUUUAUUCUUAGGAUGCCAUCCAGAUGGGUCUUCCAAUAUAUUAAUGAAGAGAUCUGAGAAUAAUAGUCCAGUUUUAUGUUUUUCUAGACAGAAGGCUUAGAAAAGCAUUUUGCAGUUCAUGUUAGAUUUACAUGAUGUGUGAAAUUUGCUUAAAAGGGAAUUUUCACUAUUUGGGUUAGAUUAGUAUUAGUAUCUACUUUAAAGGAUAAUUAAGUUUAUUUCAAAAAUUAGAAAAAUAGAUGAAUAUGAAUUUUUAAGGCUGAGAGAUGAUGUUUCCAUACUUUUUCUGUAAAGAAAAUAAUUUUUUAAUCUUCCCUAUCCUGUAGGGCAGACCAGCUUUACCCCUGUAAUAUGGUACAUUAUGUUUGCACUACUAGAAUGUCAAGGCUGAAAGUAUAAAAAUGUACAUAUACCGUUGAUUUUUUAUAUCCUUUUUAAAAAAGGGGUUUGAGUCUGUUGCACUAAGCUACACAUGACUGGUUUAAUGUUGAGAUCUUAUGCUAUUUCCAAGUCCCUGGUGUUGGCGCUUGUGUCUUUGUACGGCCAACAGCAUGCAGUCGGCAGCACAGAACACCAGUCUCAUACUGACAAGUAGAGUCCUAAACAUAGCAGCUGUGCAAAUGGCAAACAGGACUUCCAAGAAAGUGUACAUUAUAAUACUGAAGCUUAACUACGCACUAAGAAACUUCUUAAGAAAUAGAAAAAUGUAUUUGGGAAGAAAUUUAGGGACUUAAGUAGUUAUAUUUUUCUAUUUAAAAAAGUUAAAUUAUUGUAUAAGGAAGAAGUUGCUUUGAAUGUAGGACAAAGCUAUUUCAAAGAUUUUUGUUUGAAAAGAUGAUGUAUUUUGUGCCUUAAUAUUUGUUCUGACUUUUAAUAAAUUGCUUUCUGAA